AAUGAAAAGUUGUCUAAAUCAUGAUCAAACUUUUUAUAGCGUCAAAGGAGUUGCUAUACUCUCUAAAAUUCAAAGAGUGAAAUUAGGGACUAGACGUUUUAGAGUGAAAAUCACUCUCAUUUUCGAUUGAAAAAGUCUGAACUAACAUCUGCAGUCGAAGCUCGAGUGAAAACUCAAUCUUUACGAUUGAAGAAAUUUCACUCUCAUGCUCUAAAACGUCUAUACAUGGAGGAGUCCUUAGUUUGCGACUGUGGGAGUGAAUCCAUCCAAACCCAACACCACCCUUCCAAAGACCAAAACCUGAUAACUUAAAGCAAUGUUUAAAAUUCAACAAUGAUAUUAAAAUGGUAAGUAAACUAAUUAGCAUAUUGUCACUGACAACGAUGAUCUUAAAGUCAUUUUCACUUUGAAGCAUGGACCGGGAAUAAUUCUGUCAAGUUCUUAUUCCUCCAUCAUGUACAAAGCAAGUUCUCUGUCUGGCGACAGAUUUCAGAAUGCAAUAACUGACUUGAACAAGUCUAGUGCCAGAAUCGAAGCAUGCGCAGUUGCGCAACCAAUAUGGCAGCUUCCGUGUGACAGAAGAAUUUCUUUCCACGAUACGAACAGUUUUCUUUCCAUUCUGUCAAGUUAACCGCUGAUUCCCAGUGUAAGUGUCGACUGAGCAUCAUGGCCAGUGGGAGAUCAAGUAGCAUUCAUUCAUGGCAAGGAGUGUCUAUCGAUACUGGUCCUUUUGAGACGGUUCAUAGAUGGCGGAGGAUGCCCGAUUGCGACGAGUUUGUGGGUGCACGAAGAAGCAAGCAUACUGCAGUGGCAUACAAAGAUGCAAUCUAUGUGUUUGGUGGAGACAAUGGGAGGAAGAACAUGCUGAAUGAUGUAUUGCGCUAUGAUGUCAAAGAAUGCUCAUGGGGAAGGGCUUUCACAACGGGCACCCCUCCUGCGCCACGAUACCACCACUCUGCCGUUGUCUACAAUGGAAGCAUGUUUAUCUUCGGUGGCUAUACUGGCGACAUCUAUUCAAACUCCAACCUGCAGAACAAGAAUGACUUGUUUGAGUACAAACUCUCUAACGGACAGUGGGUGGAGUGGAAGUUUGAAGGAAGACUCCCUCCAGCCAGAUCUGCUCACGGUGCGGCCGUUUACGAUGGAAAACUGUGGAUCUUUGCUGGUUACGAUGGAAACGCCAGGUAG